UAUUGCACACUCCACAACGGCUAUUGCCCAUCUUAUUUAUUUAUUUUAGGCUUUUAUUCUCUACAUCAACAAUUGCAGGCAUCCACUAUUUGAUAUCUAUACGCUGGGUGUAUCACUAUUCAUUUAUUUAUACAUGAGUUGAAAAUAGAAAUGAAAAUGGCGUCAUAGCUGAAUUUAAUAGUUUGGUGUGUGGAAAAAUAACGAAAAUAAGAAGAGUGAAGACGUAUUACCUGUAUGUGUAUCUGUUCAAAAUGAAGCGACACUUACCUUCCUCCAACCAACUCCUACUAAUCCCUUUCUCUCUCACACACUACACACACAUCAUUCAUCUAUAUAAUUUUCUGCCACUCAUAGCAUCAGCCCCCUAAUUCCCUUUCAUCAUAUUCUCUCCUCCACUUUCUUUCAAUUCGUGCAUAACUUAACUCAGCAAACAUAGCUAAGUUUUCCGAAGUUAUGGCGGAGGAGGAAGCCAAGAAGGUUGAGCCGGCGCCGGCGCCGGAGCCCUGCUCCGAGGCUCCCCCGCCGGAGCCGGUUGAAGCUCCUCCCAAAGACGUGGCUGAGGAGAAAUCCCUCAUUCCACCUCCCGCUCAAGACAAACCUGAUGAUGAUUGCAAACCUCUUGCCGUAGUUGAAAAACCUGAAAAAAUUGAGGAGAUGAAGCAUGAAGGAUCUAUGGGCAGAGAUGCUGAGCUUGCGCGGCUAGCGACAGAAAAGAGAUUGUCUUUAAUCAAAGCGUGGGAAGAAAGUGAGAAGUCAAAAGCUGAAAACAAAGCCCAAAUGAAAAUAUCUUCUAUUGCGGCUUGGGAGAACAGCAAGAAGGCGACUUUAGAGGCCGAGCUUAAGAAGAUCGAGGAAAAAUUGGAGAAAAAGAAAGCAGAGUAUAUAGAGAAGACGAAGAACAAGGUCGCGCUAGUCCACAAGGCAGCCGAAGAAAAACGAGCAAUGACUGAAGCCAGGCGUGGGGAAGAUAUUCUCAAGGCAGAGGAGAUAGCGGCGAAAUAUCGUGCCACCGGAACUUCCCCAAAGAAACUGCUCAGCUUCUUUUGAAGCUGAGUUUUAUCUGAUUGUGAAACUGAAGUUGCAUUUUUGCAUUUGUCUUGCUUUGGAUAUGUAUUUACCUUUCAGAUGUAUUGUGUGGUAAGUUGGGUAGAAUUGAUAUUUGUUUCUCAUUAGCAUGUGUGCAUAGAGGCGUUCAUUUGUUUAUAGAUUCAUUUUGGGAAAACUCAUUUAUGUAUGUAUUUAUGAAAAAAAGUUGUCAGUUUGGAAGCUUAAA